AUGAAGUGUAUUUUGGUAUUAAUCUCAUUAGUGGCUUUAAGCCAGGCAGUUCCAGUAACUUUCGGCGAAGGUAAGCAAGUAACCAUCGACAAAGACGGCACUAUCACAAUCCUAGGAGAAAAUGGAAAGAAGAUCGUCUUCACAAAAGUAAUUGGGCAUCCAGGACCUAAAGACAUUGAAAUAACGGUUGGCGGACCAAAUGGACCCAUCAAAAAGAUCCAUAUUGAUGAUGAGCAUACAAAAACUGUUAAUUUCUUCGAUCCUACAGAUGCUGAUUACUACCAGACAUUCGCAGAAGACAGGGAAAAAAGAAGCAGCAAAGAUCUUAAAGAAUCAUCGAAAGGUAAAAAAGAUUCCAAAACCAAAUCUCAAGCAGAUUUAUUGAACGAAAUCUUCAACGAAUACCAAGGUAUAGUAGAUGACAAGUCCUACAACGAUCUUCUUACCAAGAUUGAUUCGUACGUUAAAACUGGAGAACUCAAUCAAGCAAUCUACAACGUUUUACAAUCUUUCGAAGAGUACAGACUGGCCGAAAAGUAUGGGUAUCAAACUCCUUUAGAUGGAUACUUCAAGAACCAAUAUCCUUUUAACUACUAUCCAUCUUCACCAUAUUACACACAAUUCUAUGGUCCAAGGGUAUAUUCUCCAUACUUUGGAUACAGAUACGGUGGUGCCUAUCCUUACAGAAGUUAUGAAGACUCUGCAGAUUUUCAAAGAGAAAGAGUAUUCUACGCCCAGCCUAGAGAACAAUUUUAUCCCCAAAGUAAAGAACAAGUCUACCCCCAAUAUACCGAACAUGCCGUUGCCCAACCUGCGAAAUACGGACAAUUCGAACAUCCACAAGAAAUGUAUGGACAAAGUGGAGAAGCUUACCCUAGGGAACAAGUAUAUCAUCAAUACGGUCAAGGGUACGAACAAUUUAAAGGACCUUAUGGAUAUCCUAAAUCUUAUGAACAAUUCUAUGAACAACUGAGAGGAACCUAUGAACAACCUAAAUCGACUUUUUAUGGUAAAGCUAGUGGAACUUAUAAACAACCCAUUUGGCAACAAUAUAAGUCUGCACCUUUUGGACAAGAUUUCUACAAUAGCCAAUAUCAACAACAAUCCAGUUAUAAACCUUUUUCAUAUUUGUACACAAAAUAUUAA